GGGCCGGCCAGGCGGCAGGGGCGCUGUGUGCUGGAGAGGCCUGAGCCGGUCCUGCCGUGCCUUGACACCUCCGGGUGUCCACGCACAAGGCGGCGGCUCCGGUGGCUGGCGAGCACCAACCCAGUCUCCAUCGCUUGGUCACCCUCGAGAGACUUUUGAGAAUUAAUUGCAGUUUUGGAAGUUUCUCCCACUUUUAUUCCUGACUGAAUCAGGAAAAUGCCUGUUCCAGCUCCAGAACUGUGGAACUGCAUUCCAGAAGAAAUCCUUAUCCAGAUUUUCCAGUAUCUUUCUCUUCGAGAUAGAUACACAGUCUUCCAGGUGUGCAGACAAUGGGCUGCAGCUGUGUCUUCUAGCUCUGUCUGGUACUUCACAGAGAUCAGCUGUGAUUCAGAGGAUGAGGAAGCCAUGCUGCAGAGCCUGCUCCAGUUCCUCAGCCAAAUUAAGCACUUGAAGAUCAUGUUUGACCAAUCCAAGGAGGUCAACCGGAAGAAUGUGACACGCAUCUUGGAUGUGUUGGCAAAGCAGAACCACAAGCUGCAGCAGCUGUGCAUUGUGUGCCAUGGGGAGAACCCCUAUUUCUACUCUGGCCAGGACAUUCUACAGAGCAUACAAAAUAUUUGUGACACUAAAAACCAGACAGAUCUUCAGCACAUUGAUUUUCGGCAAAUGCCUUUCACUCUCAAUGAUAAGCUUGUUGAGCUCUUAGCUACCACUAACCCAAACCUUCACAGUUUGUUCAUCAACAACCGCACCCUGGUGUGCAAUGUGGCUCCAGAUACCAUUAGGAAAGUUCUCAGAGCAUGCCCCAAACUCUCAGCCUUGGGGGUUUACUAUGCCAGUUUGUCUGACGAUGUAUUUGAGGAGCUGCUCAAGCCUGAAAGAGCAACUUUCACCUAUUUAGACAUUUUCUGCGAGCGUCUGGAUAAAUAUAUACCAGUGAUCUCAGAAGACCUCUGGGCUGCUGUAAGCCAAAAGCAUCCUCGACUCUAUGUGGACCUAGAGUUUGAUCAUACGGUCCCUGCCUGCAAAAUACCAUGCAUCCUAAAGCUGAAUAUACCUGUGAGCACACUGCAACUUAACACCUAUAAUUACAUGGUAAAUCAGAUUAGGUUUGUCACCCAGAACUACAGCAGUACUUUAAAGAAGCUGACACUGCAAACCACCUCCUCGGAGGACUUAAAUUCAUCUCUAGUGGAUCUGGCUAGACGGUGCAGAAAUCUGUUGGAAAUCCACUGCUACUGCGUGGUCAGCCAGGAGGUGGUAGAAGCAUUCCUCAUGCACUGCCCCAGUCUGAAACAGUACACUCUGAAGGUCACCAAGGAACGGCACCCCUGGAAACCAGUAAUAAUUCAGUGACCAGUCUUUUUAGUUCUCUGUUUCUUUAUGUAGCAGGAAAGCCAGAUUUACCCUUUGCAGGUUUUUACUGAGGAGCUCAGUGAAACUUCAUUUUGAUUCUACAUUUUAAAAGAACCUCGAAGUCAAGCACUUUGUGUCAGGCACCCAGCAACCACUUAAAUAGAUAGUUGAGGAAGUGGCAGCAUCAAUGCAGCUGUUUCCUGCCCAGUGGGGUACUUAGCUGUGCAGAUUCAGUGAGCUAUAGCAAUGAACUGUAGUCAUCCGAUGGAAAAUCCAUUCUAACCUUGAUAGUUCCUCUUUUAGCAUUUCAGUGGUGGGGAGCUCACCCAUUAUCAGGUAACUUCCAGCUUGGAGGGAUAGAACAGGAGCUGAAUUAUGUUAGAAAAUUCAAGCAGAAGAAAAAGCACUGAAGGAAAACAGUUCACCAGGUAGUAAUAAAAGACAUGUAGUCUGCAAAUUCCCUUGUCUAUCUUGUCUUUCUCUUGCUCAGAAAUGCAGAUUUCCAGGUUGUAAAUUUGAAUGCAAAGACCUUUGCUUUUAUUACAUUGUUAGUAUUUCUCAGGAGAAUCAAGAGAACUAACAGUUUUUGCAUCUGAUAUCUGCAUUCGCAUGCAAGUUAUCUUGCCUCUGAAUUAGGAGAUGUGUGUGUGUUGGUCUAUUGUAACAAAAAUUUUGGUGAAUGCUAUUUGAAUGCUAGUUUCUGAGUUGAAAUGACCCUGGGAUAAAGCUACACUGGGAGCACCUAUUUAGAGCUAUCUAAAGCAUUUAUAAUAACAACAACAAUAAGAAGAAAUAAUAAAAAUAAAAAUAUUGUUUUCAUCUA